CUGCACUAGCAAAGCAGAAGGCUUGAACCUGUUGAUUUAUGAGUACAUGGCGAACGGAAGCGUCUGGGACUGGCUUCACGAGAAGAAGAAGCAGGUUCUUGAUUGGGAAACAAGAUUGAAAAUUGCACUUGGGUUGGCUCAAGGAGUGGAGUAUCUUCAUUUUGAUUGUGCUCCUCCUAUAGUUCACCGCGAUAUCAAAACCAGCAAUGUGCUUCUUGACUCCAACAUGGAGGCGCCAUUGGGAGAUUUUGGACUCGCAAAGAUCUUAACUGAAGAGUGUAAUGACACCAACACAGAAUCACAUAGUUUGUUUGCUGGCUCUUAUGGCUACACUGCACCAGAGUAUGCUUACUCGUUGAAGGCCACUGAGAAGAGCGAUGUGUACAGUAUGGGGAUAGUGUUGAUGGAGAUUGUGACUGGUAAAAGCCAACAGAUGAAGUGUUUGAUGAAGAGACCAAUAUAGUAAGAUGGGUAGAGACGUGUCUUGAGAUGCCACCUGGUUCUAGAGCGAGGGAGAAUCUAAUUGAUUCAGAGCUUAAACCGCUUUUGCCUUGCGAAGAAGAAGCAGCUUAUCAGGUUCUUGAAAUAGCGAUUCAGUGCACAAAAACUUAUCCUCCGGAGAGACCAACUUCAAGA